AUGGAUGUUGACGAACAUAUUUUGAACCUGUCAUCCUACAACCUCUCCUUUUUUCAGAAACUGGUCCUUUGCCGAGGAUUAAAAUUUGCCAUUCCUCAACGUGUGUCUCCCAUGGACGUUAAAGCAAGCUUUGAAAAGGCCUAUUGGAGCCUUGAACCCCACCUCAAUGAUGAUAAUUUAAAGGAAUUAUCUGCAGCAACGUUACGUUUCGUUGCACUCAAUUACAUCGAACGCAAGAGUCCGAAACCUCCAAAGACAUUGUUGAGAGCUAUAGAGGAGUUAAAAGGACGCGACGACAUAGUUAUCACGAAACCCGACAAAGGGUCUGGUGUUGUGGUUCUAGACAAAACCGAAUACUUGCGAUUACUUUCUGAAGCCUCAGUCAAUGAUACAAGCAAGUUCCGUGCCGUUCCCCUGGAGAAACCCAAGACCAGGGGCAGACCAUCCAAAUAUUACCACCCCCUACUACAAAAAGAGAAGAUCCUAGAUUCCAUUGUUCGUAGAAUUCUACCGAAGACCAUUGCAGAUUCCGUGAGCCCUACAGGUUCCAGAUUGGCACAUUUAUAUGGGUUGCCAAAAACCCACAAAGAACCAUUGGCUAUGAGGCCUAUAUUAUCAGCCACCGACACGUACAACUUUCCCCUUGCUAAAUGGCUCGACGAGAAAUUGAAGCCCUUGUCCCUUAAUCAGUAUACAGUUACUGAUAAUUUUGAUUUCACAAAAGAGAUUCACGAGCUGAAGAUCAACAAGGGUGAAAUCUUGGUUUCGUAUGAUGUCUCCUCGUUAUUCACAAACGUGCCUUUGGACGAAACAAUAGAGAUCUUGAGAGAUAUAGUAGGAGAAGCUGCUAAUGGUGUUAGUGCAGUAAACCGUUCGUAA